CGGAGCCGCAGCUGGUGCACUGUCUAGAAGUUUCUGUUCCGUGCUACGCUUCCUGCGACUGAAGAGAAGGCGAGAUGGGUCGUAGCCGCAGCAGGUCCCCGGAAAGACGCAGAGAACGCAGACGUUCCAGAUCCGCUUCCAGAGAACGUGAGAGGAGAAGACGAGAGCGUUCCAGGUCCCGUGAAAGACGCCGGAGCCGUUCUCGCUCCCCACACCGCCGUCGCUCCAGGUCUCCCCGUAGACACAGGUCCUCCUCCCUCUCCCCAUCAAGACAGAAGGAGAGACGAGAUGACGAAAAAGAAUCCAAAAGCUCUGUGCCGGAACGGGAAAUGACAGAGGAGGAUCUUGAGGGAAAAACAGAGGAGGAGAUUGAAAUGAUGAAACUUAUGGGCUUUAGUACGUUUGACACCACCAAGGGCAAGAAAGUUGAUGGAUCGGUUAAUGCCUAUGCGUUUAAUGUGUCGCAGAAACGAAAAUACAGGCAGUACAUGAACAGAAAAGGAGGUUUCAACAGACCCUUGGACUUCAUUGCCUGAAGUGGGGCAUGAGGAGGAUUUCCAGUAACUUAUUGUCCACGACGUAUCACACUGUAUACUGGACCAUAAUGUAUAGAUCCAGCUUGCAGGACUUGUCCCGGAAACAUAGCCGUGUACCCAGCGUGACCCGUGAUUUCCCUGUUUUGAAUCCUGCGAGUAUACUUUCUCUUGCGACUGUAUGAUGGGGACUGUUUGUGGCAUAGACUAGUUGGGAAAGGAACCCGCUGCAUAUUCCUGAAAGAAGAAAUUCUGAUCCUUCCCAUAUAUUUUUUGUUAGUGUAGACCUAUUUGCUGUUGGUUUACAGAACCGUCAUCUUCAAAAUUAUUUGGGUUGAUGUUAAAUGUUUCAUUGGUGGAGGAUGUGUGGUCAGACAUGUCCCUUUUUGCUGUUUUUAUGUGUAUGUAUAACCAAUAAAUGCAGUUGACUUGGA